AUUAGUUUCUGUAGUUUAAGUGAAUUUAAGUUAUUUCUUAACACGAGUGGCACAGCUCUUACUUCCUGUGCGCGUGUGGGAGGUCCCCUCCUCUCAGGCACUUAACGUGAUCAUUUUGAAAGUUAGCAUGCUGGUUAGCCUGCUAGCAUGCUACCUAUAGCUACCUAGCCACCAGUAACACUCGCGUUUGCUUCGUCUUCGCUUCCUGUCAGCGACAUGACACACAGGAAAGAAGUAUUUCGGUCAAAAGUCCUGCAGAAGCUUUUUCCUGUAGCUCCCAAAUUGGAGAAGGAACCCAGCCCGCCACGCCUCGUAGACGCUCUAGCUAAGAAAACCUUUGUGAAAAGAAAGACAACUCGUGAGGACACUGCUGCAGGUGAUGCAGGGCAGACGCAGAAUGCAGCCAAUCCCCAGGCUCGGGUGUACACUGUCCUUCCUCCUCCUGCAGACUACGAGACACAUCCAGAGAAAUCGGUCACACUCUCUCAAGCAGAAAGUAUCAACAGUGCCAAGGACCCAGCUGAAGAGAGCGUCCAUGAGAGCAGUGAGGAACUAGACCAGGAUACGGAGCAAGAAGAGCACAAAAGAAGAAGGAAAAGGAAGAAAAGGAAACCAACUCCUCAACAAAACUGUGGGCAAGAUGGUGCAGCUCCAGGUCAGAGUCAAACUGUGGCUGAGGGAGGAGAGCACAUCAGCAGGAACAAGAAGAGGAAGCUGAAGAAGAAACGGCACAAAGAGAAGCUGCUCUCCAUGGGUGUGACGACCCGAGCUGCUGCCCUGGAGUUUACGUACCAAAAAGAUGGGGGAAUGGAGGAGGAAGAGGAGGAUAAUGACAUUGAGAGGAGAGCUGCUGAGGUGUCAGAUUUCCUCAGGACAACACUGGAAAUCUAUUUGUCAGACCGCAAAUUACAUGUAGACAACAAGAGUCUUCUCCUGUCUGGCACAGUGGAAAACCUUCUGAGCCACAUGUCCAGCGGAUGUGAGCCAAACUCUGUCCUGAAGCAGCUCUAUGGUCUCAAGACUUCUGUUCAACACAAAGAGACGGCAACACUGGAAAAGGCGCUGCAGGAGCUACACAACAGCUCGAGUAUGACUGCAGACGAAUGCGCUGCCGUCGCUUCACUGUUCCAAUACUGGAUCACAGAUAUCCUUCCCAUGCGGGGCGACAAGACGCCGGGACUAUCAACCACACACCCAUGAGACUGUCAGUCACACUGAAACGGAGACGCCACUGAAGGAUUACCUCAAUCGCUACAUCUUGAAACUUUCUUCUCAUUUCGUGCGUUUCAAAAUGUCAAGCUAAAGACGCUGUAUAAAAUAUUUUUACAGUAAAACAUUUCUGCCAGUU